GAAUUAUAUUUAACAAUAAUAAACUUAAAAUAAAAUGAUUUUCGCAACGUUCGAAGCUGUAGCGUAUAGAAGAAGUGGGUUCAAGCACGACGUGAUCGAUACGUAACCGUUCUAUCGAGUAUUCCCGAAGUUAGCCGAUGAGAGCCGAGACGAGUCGGAAAGCGACGGAGCCAGCCGAAGCGCAGUGAGCAAACGACGCGUACCGAAGAACGCGGGGUCUUCUCCGGCUUGGAUUGAAACAGCGUUCGCGUCUACGGGCGCGGUUUUGCGUCUCGAGCUGGCGUUUUACAUGGUAAAAUGUCCUCCCUCGAUUAUCUGGACUUGUGUCGGCUGUGUCUCGUGAAGGACCGUGUUUCGGUGCCGAUUUUCGAGGGUGAAGGAGACGUACGGCAAAUAUUUCUCAAAAUCGCCGCCUGUCUACCGGUCAAGGUUGCAAGAGAAGACAAGUUACCCAAAAAGAUAUGUGAUGAUUGCGUGUAUAAAGUAGAGCUAUUUUAUGAAUUUUGGAAUACAACAGCGAAUGCAGAAAAGCAGCUUCUACAAUGGCUAGGAGGAGUCAAUUUAGAAGACAAACAGGGUUAUGUUACCAAUACUCUCAAUCAGAAUGUAAUGAAACAAGAACAGAGUUCAGAGAACAGGUUAGAUGGCAAUGUGAUGCAGCAAGUUGGCGAGCAUCAAAACAAUAUGGGUAUGGGUAUGAUGGAUAAUAUGGGCCUGGGUAUCCCUAUGAUGAUAUCCAGUGCUAAUCAGCAGCAACAAAUAACCUCAGUUCCUAUGGACACAAGCGGUAAUUCUGUACAACCCGUUCAGGCAUUGCCUGGUCCAAGUUCACAAACCACACAUAACCAAAUAUCACAGAAUCAAUCGAGCUCUGCGCAACAAGAAGAUGAAGAAGAAAGUAGCGAAGAUGAAGAGAACUCGGAUGAUGAAUGUGAUGGAGAUGAAGGCCUACCUGUAAAAGAAGAAAGUGAGGAAGAUCCCAAUAAUAGAACUAUAGAGCCUACAACUUUUGUAAAUGUUUCCUUGGCAUGCGACGAAGCUGGUCCUUCUGGGCUACAACAGAAAAUCUCAGAUAUACCUGAGAUGCCAAUGCCGCAGUCAACAGACGGGGAUCCCAAAACUGGGAGAUCGCCGCAGCUCAUAAAUCAGAAGCUCGGUAGCCAAGAAGAUUCAAAAGCACGCAAACCAGCCUUCCUCCAGAGAAGAAGACUCUUACGAGUUUCGAAAAUCCGCAGACGCAAAAGUAACAGACACUACGAAACAAAAGAAGGAAGUGUUCAGCGGGAAGAAAAGAAGUCUUCGAUCCGUUCAACCAGCAAGAAACUACCUAACGAUUGUUCAGCUAAAUUACAGAGCAAUCCUCAGCAGGAAGAUCUCUAUAAAAAGCUUCACGACGGCACGUACACCUGCGACAUUUGUCAAACAACAUUCGAACAGAAGAGCAAGAUCCUCCGUCACAUCACCAGCAAGCACAGUUUCCAUCGGCCGUUUAAGUGCCAGACCUGCGACAAGACGUUCAAGUACAAAUGCGACCUGAAGGCCCACAAGCUGGUCCACCAGGAGGUCGACUCGAGUUUGCUGCACUGCUGCGACAAAUGCGACUAUCGAACGAAAACGAAGAACAACCUGAAGUCGCACUACAUCAGAAGACACACGGACGACUACAAGUUCGCCUGCGAGCACUGCGGCAAGCGUUUCAAGAUGGAGUGGGACUUGAAGUUCCACGUUGGCACUCACAGCAACUCCCAGCACAUGUGCGACGUUUGCGGAAAAUUUUAUACUAGCAAUUACUCGCUGUACAAGCAUAGGAAGGUGGCCCACUUGAACGAGUACAAGUUUCAAUGCAGCGUUUGCAAUAAGAGGCUACUCACGCAGGAGAACCUGGACAACCACAUGCAGCAGCACAGCAGAACGUACGAGUGCAAGGAUUGCGGCAAGGUGUUCGCCUCGAAGAGGUACCUGGCGACACACACGACUACACACACUGGGGUCAAACCGUAUACUUGUCAUAUUUGUAAGAAGAACUUCAGAACGUCGCAUAUGAGAAACACGCAUCUGCUGACGCACUCGGCGGAGAGGCCACAUAUCUGUGAUCUUUGUGGACAAUCUUUUAAGAGGAGGUAUUAUAUGAUAGAGCAUCGGAGGAAGCAUCCUGAUGCUCACCUGUCGUCGCCACCGGUGCCUCUGGGGAAGAAGAGGAACGUUGCUGAAUUGGAUGGACAGAUUGUGACUGAAUUUCGGGCGGAGAUUUCUUUGGAUCCUGUCAGCUGCAAGAAGAUGACCAUCGGAACUUCCGGUCAACUUACAGAACACUCCGUCCCGACGCAGCAGGUCCACACAGUGAAACUCGAAGAGAGCUCCGAAACGACUAUUUUCUUAAAGAUGGAGGAAGUGCCACAUAAAGACGUUCAGAAAACGAAUUGCGAGACGAAUUCUUACGUUUCGGGUUCUCUGAUACACCUCUGCGAAGUGAGCAUCGAUUACUACACGUGCAACAAGUGUGGGAUCAAGUUCCCUACCGAGAGCAUGCUGAGCAAACACAAAAUGUUCCACAAACUGCACUCGUGGAUUCGCAAGAAACGUCUGCGUGCGAAGAAUCAGCUAAAAUCGGGAAAACUAAUCAAACAGAAGUCUCUGAAAAACCCAGAAAAGAUGAAGUACGUCUGCAUGUGCUGCAGCUUCAGCUGCAACAGGAAGUCCACCAUCACCAUCCACAUGAAGAAGAAACAUUUAGAGAUCUCGUGCAUAAUCUGCGACUUGAAAUGCAACGAUUACUCCACGUUGGCGAAGCACAUGGAGAAACACAGGAACGCGAAGACGAAGUACUUCAAGUGCAACGUGUGUAGCUUUGUCAGCAAGAAGAGGGGUGCUUUGGUGUCCCACGUGGUUCAGACGCACCGGAAGACUGAUGAGAAGAAGAAGAGGACGCAGAUGAAGCGUGACGUCAAAGUUGAGGUGAAGAAAAGCCCAGAAGAAGCAAAGGAUCCUCUAGUUGACUCGUGCACAUCGUCAGAGUUCGACUGCAAGGACGAGGUGAUAUCAGAACCAGAGGACGACAAGAACUUCGACAAGGAUCCUGUGGAACACUGUGACUUGUGCGACUUCACGUGUUCGAAAAGGAGCACCCUGUACUCGCAUAAACGCAGACACAAGGUGGACGUAGCUGAGGUGUAUUUCUGCAACGAGUGUCCGUUCAAGACCAACAAGAAGUCGUCCCUGUAUUCGCACAGGAAGAGGAAGCACAGACCACCUAAACCUCUCACGGAAGAUGGCCAGCCACAGUUGUUCUACUGCGCCCAGUGCGACUACAAGAACAAGAACAAAUACGAGCUGAGAGUGCAUGUAGCCAGGAAACACACCAACGACUUCAAGUUCUCCUGCGAGAUUUGCGGCAAGAAGUUCAAGGUGAAAGGCGACCUGACCAACCACAUACGUUUCAGCCACAAGGAACAGCCCGUCAUGUGCGACGUCUGCGGUAAAACCUGUCCAAACAGUAAUUCGUUGUACGUGCAUCAGAAGUUCGCUCAUUACAAGGCCCAGUACGAGUGCCAUUUGUGCAAGAGGCGAAUGGUCACCCAGGAGAACCUGAACGAGCAUCUGAUCAAGCAGCACGAGAACAGGAAGGCCGUGAUGUGCGAGGAGUGCGGGAAGACCUUCUCCAGGAACAGCAGGCUGAAGGUGCACAUGAGAGUCCACACCGGAGAUAAACCGUACAAUUGCACGAUCUGCAGCAAGUCGUUCGCUCGGAGGACGGCCAUGAAGCAGCAUCUGCUGAUACACACCGGGGUUAGGCCGUACGUCUGCGACAUAUGCGGGAAGGCGUUCACACAGAAACCUGGCUUGAUCAGCCACAGGAAGUCGCAUCCUGGAUCGCAUCCGCCGCUUCCGAGAAUCUUCAUUGAUCACAUACUGCAGGACGUUAUGAACAAAUGAGAUCCUUGAUGUUCCUGAACGUCUGGGUCCUAGGACCCUCGGAAAGAAUAAUGUACAGUGAAUCGUAACCGUGUGAUUGAUCUAACCCUUUCGCUUUGGUAUGAUUGUGAUGUGAAUGGAGCGUGUUGACGACGUUAUUAUACUCGUUGAUUAUAAGCAAUUUUCUUUUAUAAAUCUUGUGAUCAUGUUUAUUAUGGUAAUUAGAAUUAUUUCUUGGAACCAGUGUAAUUUAUUUUAAUGUUCUUGAAAAUGUUAUUUUUGGCGUAGAUUUAUGGGUUGGUGACUGUUUUUCCAGGGCGUGCAUAUAUGAUUUUCGUACCUAAGCUUUCACUUUUCCUAGGCGUAUAUAUACGAUUGUUCUUUGAAGGCGUUGCGUGUGUGCUGUGCGCGUAUAUUUGCGUUGGAACUGAGUUUACGCUGAUAUAUGCUGGAGCGACUAUUUCUUGAAAUCGCAUAUAUACGCUUGAGUGCUCGAAGUCGUAUAUAUACGAUUCUCACAAUUGAGUGAUUACUAUUUGAGAACAUAUAUAUACGAUUUUCAUACCGAAGUUUUGAUUCUUAAGCGUAUAUGUAUAAGCAUUUACAGUUUGGUUACGUAUAUAUACGUUCAAGCAUAUGAGGAUGUAUGUUUAAGUCAAACUGUUCACUUUACUCAACUGUUGAUGAGACUUAUUUUUCAAACUCGUAUAUUUAUGUAGCAAUUCCAAUUAAAUCAUCUCUUUUGGACCGUAUAUAUACGUUUGAACGUCCAUUUUAUGAAGUCGUAUGUAUACGUUUCCACGUCCACCUUUCAUGGAUACAUUUCAGUGUCUACUUACCCGAAACGCAUAUAUACGUUUCCAAUCGCUUUGUACGACCGAAUAUAUACGUCCUUCGGAUUUUACUGUCCCCUAUUGCAACGCAUAUAUGUGUACAUUUCUCGUAACUGGAUAUCUAUUCUCCUGGACCGUAAAAAUAUUCUGUGUACUUUUAAAGACGUAUAUAUACGAUCUUCAUCCACUAUACAGAGUUGUAUAUAUAUACAAUCUUAACUGUGUGCCAAUUGCUUGAGAACGUAUAUAUAUGAUUUUAAAAACGGAACGUCCACUCUUCGACGUCGUAUAUGUACGACCUUAGAAAUUGAGCGUCCACUUUCUAACUGUGUACCUAUGUUUAGGUAUGUCUACUUCUUGGAGAGCAUAUAUAUACAAUCCGGAAUGUCCACUUUGCAAGAGCGUAUAUAUACGAUCUUAGGAAUGUCCAUUUUUCUGAUAUGCUUUACGAACGAAUAUAUACGUUCCAACGUCCACUAUUAAACUAGUAUAAAUACGUGUUCAUUCGAGUGUCUCCAGGUACGUAUAUAUACGUUCCAUCGCCACUGUACAAGAUCGUAUAUAUACGUUCGCAGUAGAGCGUGCAUUCUUCUAUUGAAUAUAUAUAAUAUAUUCUUUAUAACUAAACCUCCAUUUUUCGAGGACGUAUAUAUACGGUCUUUGGAGCGAAAGGGUUAACAGGUGCUGAUUUCAGUGACACAUUUUUUUUGUUGUGGUUAACGCGUUAGCAGUCACAGUGAUAACAAGUUUUAUAUUAUCAAUGAAAUAUUAAUGGAGUUUAAAACCUUGAUUUCUUUUCUAAUUAUUGUUCGUGUUUGAGGUUAACAUAUUAAGGGUUUGCGUAAUACCAGGUUACUUGUAAACGAUAGUCCAUCAGUUGUACUAUUUUUCUAGCACGAUAGCAUCACUGUAACGUGUAAUAUUGUCCGCGAAGAUUGAAUGUUUCUACGAAGAGAAAUUAUGUAUGCCCUGUAGAAUACUUGAAAGAUAUUGUUCGGGUUUUUCUUUGUAAAUUCUAACAUUUGUAGGGUGAACUACUUAUAAAAAUUUCUCUCGA